CAAUGUCAUUUCGAAAACCUCACAAAAUAAUUCAUCUUUCCAAAGUUCAGGACUUGUUUUGGUAUUAACUAUUAACCCUAAUUUCAAUUAAGUCUCUCCCUCCCCACGUGUCCAGCCUUUCCAUCUCUCCUCCUUUUGAUUUCUUUAAGCCAGCCAUCCAGGGUUUUUUUUUUCACUCUUUUGCUUUUGACUCCUUGCACUCUAUCUCAUGCGCUGCUGUCCCAUUUCUUGACUCUUUUUUUUUUUGCCGCAAUUGUUUUUCUGAGUUUCGUUUUCACGGGGAAUGCUCAGCCAGUCCCCUCCAUAAAAACCCCAAUCGGAUCCGCAUCUCUUCUCCGCAUCUCCAAAACAUCUCCCUCCAAUCCCACCCACCCAUUUUUCUCUCUCUCUCUCGCUCUCUCGAGUUGCGGCGUCACUCCACCUACUGACUGCCACCAUGAUGAACGGCGGCGGCGCCGAGACCCCUCGGACAUUUGUGAAGGAAGUGAAGCGUAUCGUCAUCAAAGUUGGGACUGCUGUUGUCACCAGAGGUGAUGGAAGAUUGGCACUUGGAAGAUUGGGAGCGCUCUGCGAGCAGAUUAAAGAGCUGAAUUACCAGCACUAUGAAGUCAUUGUUGUUACCUCUGGCGCUGUUGGCCUUGGCCGCCAAAGACUGAAAUACCGCCAGUUGGUCAAUAGCAGUUUUGCUGAUCUCCAAAAGCCACAAGAUGGUCUCGAUGGGAAAGCUUGUGCUGCUGUUGGGCAGAACUGUAUCAUGGCCCUUUAUGACACAUUGUUUAGUCAGCUGGAUGUGACAUCUGCUCAACUUCUUGUGACUGAUUCAGACUUUAGGGAUAAAGAAUUCAGGAAGCAACUUAAGCAUACUAUAGAGUCGCUGAUGUCGCUAAGGGUUGUUCCCAUAAUCAACGAAAAUGAUGCUGUUAGUACUAGGCGAGCACCAUACGAGGAUUCUUCUGGUAUAUUUUGGGAUAAUGAUAGUUUGGCAGCUUUGUUGGCACUGGAGCUGAACGCUGAUCUUCUUGUUCUGCUGAGCGAUGUGGAGGGUCUUUACAGUGGUCCACCCAGUGAUCCAGAGUCGAAGUUGAUUCGUACAUACAUUGAGAGAGUUCAUCUGGGUGGAAUCACAUUUGGAGACAAGUCCAGGCUGGGAAGAGGGGGCAUGACAGCCAAAGUAAAAGCUGCUGUAAUGGCGGCUAAGGCAGGUGUCCCUGUCAUUAUAACCAGCGGAUUUGAUCCUGAGAGCAUACUGAAAGUCCUCCAAGGAGAUGAUGUCGGCACUCUCUUUCACCGUGAUGCUCAUUUGUGGGUCAAAACCAAAGAAACAGGUGCUCGAGACAUGGCGGUUGCAGCAAGGGAAUGUUCUAGAAGGCUGCAGGCACUAUCUUCAGAAGACAGGAAAAAGAUUUUGCUGGACAUAGCAAAUGCUCUAGAAGCCAAUGAAAAAGUAAUCAAGGUUGAAAAUGAGGCAGAUGUGGCUGCUGCUGAACAGGCUGGAAUGGAGAAGUCCUUGAUAGCACGGCUGGCUCUAAAGCCUGGCAAGAUUACAAGUCUUUCAAAAUCAUUACGUGUCCUUGCGAGCAUGGAAGAUCCAGUCGGUCACGUUUUAAAGACGACCGAGCUUGCAGAUGGUCUUAUGUUAGAGAAGACAUCAUCUCCUCUCGGUGUUCUGCUAAUUGUUUUUGAGGCUCGGCCUGAUGCACUAGUGCAGAUUGCUUCAUUGGCGAUCCGCAGUGGAAAUGGUCUCCUACUGAAAGGGGGAAAGGAGGCCAGGCGAUCAAAUGCAAUUUUGCACAAGGUGAUCACUGAUGCCAUUCCAGACCAUGUUGGGAGAAGGCUUAUUGGACUGGUGACCUCAAGAGAUGAAAUUCCUGACCUACUUAAGCUCGAUGAUGUAAUCGAUCUUGUCAUUCCUAGGGGCAGCAAUAAACUGGUUUCGACUAUCAAAGCAUCAACCAAGAUCCCUGUUCUGGGUCAUGCAGAUGGAGUCUGUCAUGUAUAUGUUGACAAGUCUGCUAAUAUGCAAACGGCCAAGCGUAUUGUAGUGGAUGCAAAAGUGGAUUAUCCAGCAGCCUGUAAUGCAAUGGAAACACUUCUAGUGCAUAAGGAUUUAGUGUCCUCUGGUGGCCUGAAUGAGCUAGCACUUGAACUUCGGAAUGAAGGUGUGGUUCUGCAUGGUGGGCCAAGGGCAAGCGAGGAGCUGAGCAUCCCAGAGCCGGCAUCAUUACAUCAUGAGUACAGUUCCCUUGCAUGUACUGUUGAGAUUGUUGACGAUGUGCAUGCUGCCAUCGAUUACAUACAUGGACACGGAAGUGCCCAUACUGAUUGCAUCAUAUCAGAAGACCGUGAAGUUGCAGAGACCUUUUUGAGACAAGUUGACAGUGCUGCUGUUUUCCACAAUGCCAGCACAAGGUUCUGUGAUGGAGCUCGGUUUGGACUUGGGGCAGAGGUUGGAAUCAGUACGAGUAGAAUCCAUGCUCGAGGCCCUGUAGGAGUCGAAGGAUUGUUAACAACCCGAUGGUUACUGAGAGGCAGUGGACAAAUAGUAGAUGGUGAUAAGGGAGUAACCUACACCCACAAGGACUUAACUACUGUAUAGCUUUCCAAGCAUCAUCGCCAGAGGAAGAAGAUUGAGCACUUUGCUUGCCAUCUUAGCACGGGUUUAAUAAAACAUAUCAUCAUCAUUAGGGGGUGUUUAUUAUUAUUGUUAGGGUGCCCUGUAAUAUCUGCCAUGACCUUAUGUUACUGAAUAAGUUCUCCAUUCUCUUCUAAGUUACUAUUGUUGGAAGCGUUAAGUUAUUGUGGCGAAAGAUUUAAGUUAUGUGGGGCCUCUUCCGAUCCAUGACCAGUUUGUAGGCUGGGCAGAUUUGGGAACGUGGAGUUUGGGAUCUUUUGAGUGUCUCUUUUGGCCCCCAUACUAGUAGUUAGGAAAGCUCAUUGUAAUGCAGUUGGAUAUUUGAAGGUUUUAACAUUUUCUGUUGUCAUCUCUUUCAAAAGCUGUAGGCUUCUUCUGUUAGGGCUGAUAUUGAGGUUAAAUAAAGAUUAGAUUUGUCA